AUGUAUCGCGGCCGCGGCGGCCAGGGCGGCGGUCGCGGCGGCAAAGGCGGUGGCUACGGCAAGGGCCGCGGCGGCGGCGGCAAAGGCGGCGGCGGCAAGGGCGGCGGCGGCAAGGGCGGCAAGGGCGGCGGCGGCUACAACUGGCGCCAGCACGUCGAGCCGUCGACGGACCCGGACAUCGUGAACCCGUGCCGGGCGCGCGUCGCCGCCUUCCUCGCGAGCGGCGCGCCGCGCCUCGAGAUGGCCCAGCGCCUGCGCAACGUCGAGAACAACACGAUGCGCGCGGUCGCGCAGGACAUGGGCGUCGGCUGGGUCCGGGGCCCGAACAAGGGCGACGCCUACGCGCUCGUGCGCGUCGACGCGUCCCUCGACAGCGGCGCGCAGAUCACGACCAUCGCCCAGCUCGUGCGCAGCGAGUGCGAGCGCGGCGGCGGGAAAUGCGCGCGGAAGCGCGUCUGGGAGCGCAUGUCGAGCGAGCUCCAGGCCUUCAGCCAGACGUCGCUCAAGUGCCGCAUGCUCCGGCGCCUCGAGGAGCAGCCCGCGGCCCGCGCGGCCCUGGACGACGUGCGCUGCCGGGCGACGCGCAAGGGCUUUUGCCUGGAGGGCUUCGAGGACGAGGAGGACGCGCUCUUCGACUGCUUCGACGUCGCGUUGACCGUCGCCGCGGGCCUCGGGUCCAAGUCGCCCUUCGUCUGCCCCCUGGGCAAGGAGCCCCUGGCCAACGCGGCCAAGGCCAGGUUGGCCGACGGCACGGACAGCGACCACGUCUUGCUCGAGCGCGCCUACGCCGAGUGGCGGGCGCGGCCGGGCUACCGCGACCGGCGGUCCUUCUGCGACCGCUUCUUCCUGUCCCACCAGACCCUCGAGUACGUCGACCAGCUCCGCCGCGACCUCGGCUCCGGCUGCCGCGACCUGCUCAAGCGCGACGCGGGCGGCCGCGCGCGGCCGCGGCACGCGGCGGCCCGGCUCUCGUCGGCGCUGCUGGCCGCGCUGUGGCCCAACGUCGCCGCGGUGCGCAAGCAGGGCAAGGGCCUCGCGCUGGGCAGCGGCCUCAAGGUCGUCUGCCACCCGGGCUCCGUGAACCGGAGCGCCGCGGACCGCCUCGUCGUCUUCUACGACGUCCAGGAGACGAGCGACCGCUACCUCUACGACACGUCCGUCGUGAGCCUCGCCCAGGUGCUCCUCUUCGCGCCGGACGUGGCCCAAUCGACGACGAACUCGGGCCGCGCGAAGUUGGCCGUCGCGCCGGACCUCCAGGUCUUGGUCGACGCGGCCGCGCUCGACGACGUCCUCGCGACGCGCGACCUGCUCCAGGCCUUCGUCCAGCGCUCCGUCGGCCGGCCCACGGACGACGCGUCGGCGCGCGCGAGCGCGGCCCUCGCCGCGCUCUUCUCCGCCGACACGCUCGCGCUGCACGGCAAGCGCGCGAAAAAGGUCGACCGCGAGGAGGCCUGGCAGCGAAAAAAGGCCGCCGAGGCCGCGGCCAAAAUCCGCCGCGCCGGCCGCGCGACGGACCUAAUUCCAGCCGCCGUCACGCUCGGCGCCACGCAAAUCGAGGAGGACCACCGCCACGAGCAGUUCUUCUACGACGAGCCCACGUCGCGCCGCAUGCUCGCGCUCGUCGACGGCUACGAGACGCCGCUCCUCGUGUGCAACCCGUCGCUCGCCGCGCGGCGCGACGCGGCCGGCGGCGACUACCUGCUCCUCGACCGCGACGAGCGCUUCGCGAGCCUCAAGUUCCGCGCGUUCGAUUUAAGAGCGCCGGAGCCCGUGGACUACGCGUUCGACGCGCUCUUUCUCGACCCGCCGUUCGCGAACGUCGGCGUCGCGGAGCUCGCGGCGGCGACGCGGACGCUCAUGGGCGCGGCGCCGCGGCCCCUCUACGUGGGCUACAACGCGAAGCGCGCCGCGGAGCUCGAGGCCGCCUUCGCGGAGUUCGCGUGA